CCACGCACUGUCAAAACAAACCCCACAAACAAACUGCCAAAUGUAAAACCACCUCAUUUUCUCACACCAUCACCAAUUCACCACCAGUGUCCACCACUACCUCAACCUCCCUUUAAAUUCUCCCCUCACACAUCACCAUUUCCCAUCCUCUACUCAGAUCCAAUCCCGCCUCGUCACGAACCACCGGUCAGCCACCAUGGACGUGGAGAAAGCGGCAGAAACAUCUCCCGACAACUUCCGCCGCCGCAAUGUUUACUCCACACCAGACGGCGACAACAACAGUAACGAACCACCAACGCCGUCGGUGGAGAAGUUGUUCUCCGGCAAGGUGGUCCCGCCAUGGCAAAGUCAACUUACUCUCAGAGCUUUCGUUGUUAGCUUGAUUCUCAGCGUUUUGUUUACCUUCAUUGUAAUGAAGCUUAAUCUAACUACUGGUGUGAUUCCGUCGCUGAAUGUUUCCGCUGGAUUGUUAGGGUUUUUCUUCGUUAAAACUUGGACUAAAUUUCUUGAGAAAUUUGGGGUUCUUAAGCAACCUUUUACUCGUCAAGAGAAUACCGUUAUUCAGACUUGCGUCGUCGCCUCCUCCGGAAUCGCUUUUUCCGGGGGUUUUGGUAGUUACAUCCUUGCAAUGAGCUCGAAAAUUGCCCACAGAGGAGACAAAGGCUUUCAACAUGACAUCAAGGAUCCACGUCUGGGAUGGAUGAUUGGGUUUCUCUUUGUAGUUAGCUUUCUUGGUUUGUUCUCAGUAGUCCCUCUCCGGAAGAUUAUGAUUAUCGACUUCAAACUUAUAUAUCCUAGUGGGACUGCUACUGCCCACCUUAUCAACAGCUUCCACACUCCAAAGGGGGCCAAAUUAGCCAAGAAGCAGGUGAAGACAUUAGGAAAGUUUUUCACAUUCAGCUUCUUGUGGGGUUUCUUCCAGUGGUUCUUCACAGGAGGACAAACUUGUGGAUUUACAAACUUUCCAACCUUUGGUCUGAAAGCCUUUGCCAGCAGGUUUUACUUUGAUUUCUCCGCAACUUAUGUAGGUGUUGGUAUGAUAUGCCCGUAUCUUAUCAAUAUAUCUUUGCUAUUCGGUGCAAUAUUAUCAUGGGGUAUCAUGUGGCCCCUUAUAGAGACUAAGAAAGGUCAAUGGUAUGAAGUACAGCUUACACAAACCAUGCACGGUUUGCAAGGUUAUCAGAUAUUUAUAGCCAUAGCCAUCAUCCUUGGUGAUGGACUCUACAACUUUGUUAAAGUAUUUGGGAGAACGAUUUUCGGUUUGUACAAGCAAUUUCAGAGGAAGGAUUCAGGUGCUAUUCUUCCCUCUGAUGGACAGCCAAAUUCUGAAGACUCUGCAUCACAAUCAUUUGAUGAUCAACGGAGAACUCACUAUUUUCUCAAGGACCAAAUCCCAAAUUGGGUUGCAGUAGUUGGCUAUGUUACCAUUGCCACAGUAUCUAUCAUCACACUGCCUCAUAUCUUCCAUAGUCUCAAGUGGUAUCAUGUCCUAGUCAUGUAUAUUAUUGCACCAAUGUUGGCGUUCUGUAAUGCCUAUGGGUGCGGGCUUACUGACUGGUCCUUGGCCUCAACAUACGGAAAAUUGGCUAUUUUUGUAAUUGGCGCUUGGGCUGGUGCUUCUCAUGGUGGGAUUAUCGCUGGACUAGCAGCCUGUGGGGUGUUGAUGAACAUUGUUGCCACAGCAUCUGAUCUUUCCCAAGACUUCAAAACGGGUUACAUGACACUAGCUUCUCCUCGGUCCAUGUUUGUGAGCCAGAUAAUAGGAACGGCAAUGGGUUGUAUUAUCUCUCCUUGUGUCUUCUGGCUUUUCUACAAAGCCUUCCCUGAUCUAGGUGAGAAUACAUCACAAUAUAUGGCACCCUAUGGUGCCAUAUACAGGAGCAUGGCCACUCUUGGAGUAGAGGGAUUUGGUUCAUUGCCAAAAAAUUGUCUCACAUUAUGUGUGAUAUUUUUUGCUGGAGCUAUGGCCGUCAACGGGAUCAGAGACUUUUUGGGGAAUAAAUGGGCAAGAUUCAUACCAAUUCCAAUGGCCAUGGCCAUACCUUUCUACAUUGGAGGUUACUUUACCAUUGACAUGUGUGUUGGUAGCUUAAUACUCUUUUUGUGGCAGUGCACUAAUAAAGCCAAUGCUGAUGCAUUUGGACCUGCAGUUGCUUCUGGGUUGAUCUGUGGAGAUGGAAUAUGGACUUUGCCAAGUUCUAUACUUGCUUUGGCCGGUAUAAGACCACCCCUCUGUCUUCAGGUUGUUCCUAGGUUAAAAAGUUAGAAGUUGACCAUUUUUUACCGAUUGUAGAUUCUUGUUUACUGUUUCAAAUCUGAACAUUAUACUUGUUGAACUCUAUGUGUAGCUCAGUGUGUGAACAAAAACAGCCAUAUAUAUACAGAGAAAUCUCUUUCAAUAUA